AUGUCUGCGGUCGCAUCUGAGCCCGCAGGCCUGCGCCAGCGGAACGUCUCUGGGAACAGGUCUAACGGCGCCACCAUCAGUGAUGAGGGCAAAAAAACAGACCUUUUACUGGAUAGUCACGUCGAAUAUGAAUUCGGUGGUCCAUGGGGUGUGGUUGCUAUCAUGACCGGAUUCCCUAUUCUCAUGUACUAUCUGUGGAUUUGUCUCGUCUUCUACGAUGGCCAGCUAGUACGUCCUGAUUCUAUGGAUGACUUCAAGCCAUUCCUGUUCCGUAUGUGGGAGCACAUUCGCCAAGAUGCCAGCCCCAAUGCGUAUGCUUGGAAAGUCUACACAGGAUUGAUUGCGUACCAGCUGCUCCUCGCCUGGAUUGUGCCAGGAUACAUGCAAGAGGGCCUUCCAGUCCCUUCUCUCGGAUACAAGACCCUCAUGUACAAGUGCAAUGCAGUAUGGUGCAUCUACAUCACCAUGGUCACCGCUGCCGUACUUCACACCACGGGCAUUUUCCGCAUGACGGAAAUUAUAGAUAACUUCGGCCAUCUCAUGACUGUUGCCAUGAUUUAUGGCUUCGGUGUUGCAUUCGGAAUGUACUUCCUGACGGUGGCCACGGGUAACCAGAUCAGAAUGUCCGGCAGUUUCAUCUACGACGUCUUCAUGGGUGCUUGCUUGAAUCCCCGCUUAGGCCCUGUGGACCUCAAGAUGUGGCUAGAAGUCCGUAUUCCUUGGGUCAUUGUCUUUUUCAUGUCGGUCUCUGGGGCUUGCAAGCAGUAUGAGCAGUAUGGAUCCGUCACGCCGAACAUGGCCUUCAUGUGUCUCGCAACGUGGCUCUAUCUUAACGCUUGCGGGAAAGGCGAAGAGUUGAUUCCCCAGACGUGGGACAUGUUCCAUGAGAAAUGGGGCUUCUUAGUGAUAUUCUGGAACUUUGCUGGCGUUCCCUUCUCUUACAUAUAUUCUGUGGUGUAUAUGGCUUCACAUGAUCCGUCCAACUACCGGUUCUCUACUCCGACUUAUGUGUUGCUAUACAGCACUCUCCUCACGGCCUAUUACAUCUGGGACACUUCCAUGUCGCAGAAGAGUCGAUUCAAAAUGCAAACACAGGGAAUCUUCUCUUACCGCAAGACGUUCCCGCAGCUUCCGUGGGGGACAGUCAAGAACCCCAGCUUCAUUCAGACUGCUCAUGGGAACCGCCUCUUGACUGACGGAUGGUGGAAAUACAGUCGCAAACCGAAUUACGUCGCUGAUUGGAUCAUGAGUCUCACUUGGGGCCUCGUUGUCGGCGCAUGCUCACCCAUCCCUUACUUCUAUUCGGUGUUUUUCAUCGUUGUAUUGAUCCACCGCUGCGGACGGGACUUUGAGAGGUGUGCCUUCAAAUACGGAAAAGACUGGGACAGAUACUGUUCUGUGGUCAAAUACAAAUUCAUACCCGGUAUCUACUGA